AUGGCUCCAGGUUACCGCUCAAAGCAAGACCAACAAGAAAAUGAAAUGAAAAGAACAACACAGUGUAGUACACCAGUUGGAGAGCGCAUUGUUCUCCAGGUUGGAGCACUCCGCACACACCCCGGAGAAGGAGAACUCAGAGAGCGAACUCGGAGAGCUCGAACUCCGAGCCAGCAACUAGGAAGAAUGGCCUUUAUCGGCAUAGCUAAAAGAGAAGAAGAUUCCAUACACUCAAUUGAAUUUACUAAGUGUAAUUUUUUUAUGCUAGUUCUUGGGAUUUUUAUUUAUAUAGCUGAUAUUAUAUCAGAUAUCUUUGUAGCUAGCAAUUUUUUCUGUGAGGGACAAUAUCUUUGGAGUACAUUAACAUUAGCUUUUAGGCUCCUUGCAUCAACAGUAGUCCAGACUUUCAGUUUUGAGUGGUUUAAAGAUGACUUUGAAAGACCUGAGUUGGGAAAGCUGGCCUGGACUUUUCUAGUUCAUUCUUUGCAUGGUGGAAUUCUUAUAAGAUAUUACUUUGCAUUGAAAUGUGGCUUCCAGUCUGCAUUUAAACAAAGCAGUUGUGAAGAUAAAUUGUCUGGAAGUCCUACCGGUGACAUUCAUAAACAAGCCAUUGAUGCAGUGACUGAUAUUAGUAUGCUCAGGGUAUUUAAAAUUUUCCUGGAAACAACACCCCAGCUCCUUCUGCAGAUUCACAUCCUGAUGGAGGAAGACAAAACUAGCUUCAUUCAGUGUAAUUCUCUCUCUCUCUUAUCUAUAUUUCUAUCAUUACAUCUUUCUGCAGUAUUUCCGGGGCAACUGUUGACUAUCAGGUAUCAUUACAAAAAUCUCUGCCUGAUAAAAAUCAAGUUGGAGUCAUUCCCAAGUUAAUGUAUUUCUUCUAUAAACUGUUCACACUGACCUCAUGGAUACUUAGUGUUGCACUGACCACAGUGCUCAAUUUCAAAAGUUCUUUAAUUCUGUUAACUUUUCUUUGGAUCUUGAGCUUCUGUUGGAUUUUAAAACAACAUACAAUGUUUUACAAAUCUAAGAGGAUGGAAUAUUUAUAUAGAAUCAUUGUUGGAAUCAUUCUAACUUUUACCUAUUUUAACAUUAAGGGGAAAAAAGACAAAGGUUGAUAUUUCUAUUUAUUAUACUGUUUGUGUGCUUUUAAUUUGAGUUAUAUUGUACAUAUGUUUGGUUUGGAAGCCUUUGGUUAUCAAUCAAAUACAUUUUAAAGCUGUGAGCAUCAUAAUUGUCCUCACUCUAGUGUUAGGUAUUAUUUUUCUUGUUGUUUAUUAUAGGCUUUUUCACCCCACUGUUUAUGGCAAACAAGACAGAGCUUCAGAUGAAGUUGAUGGAAUGUCAGGAGAAAAAGUUGUAGUCAGUAGAAUUACCAAUUUCAUAAUGCAAUGAACAGCAUGGAAUUAUGUGACUUCUUAAAAUAUUUGCAAAUCAAAGCAAUAUGGGCUGCACUGUCAAUUAUUCACUUAUUCUGUCAUUAUUUUCAUACUUUUAGUAAACAUUUCCAGUAAAUAAUUUCUGAUGAGAAUGCUAAGAGUCAUCAGUUAUGAAUUAUUAUUGGUUCUCUUGUGUGACUAUACCAAGCAAAGCCUCUAUACAAUGAACACUUGUUAGUCAAAAUGAACAGUCUAACUUACCUCCCAACCAAACAUCCUAUUUUAUUUUCUUAUAAUUCAUUUGAAAAGUAGGAAAAAUAAAACAGCAACAAGUUACUGUUCCUAUUAAGAACAAAUUCUAUUUAUUUUUUAGAUUCAGUUUUAGUCAAGGCUCACAUCACUGUUCACCAGAGAGAGGGUCUGAGCUUUCUCUGAAAUGGCCAAGGAUUGUCAUCUAUCAUCUCUGCCUACAGAGGGCAUGAUUCCUGCCCACCUGACCA